AUGGAUAAUAGUAAUAAUAAUGACUCUUCUUCGUCAAAAGAUUCUUUACAAAGUUGGAUUACUUGGUUCUGCUCAUUAGUAGGACACGAAUUUUAUUUAAAAGUGCCUGAAGAGUUUAUAAAAGAUGAUUUUAAUUUGACUGGACUAUCGGAUAUAGUGCCUUAUUAUCGCCAAGCCUUAGAAACCAUUUUAGAUAUGGUAGAAUGGGAUGAAUUCUUUGAAACAGAUAAGAUAAAAAACGUAGGAGAUCCACGUAUUGUUGAACCUUAUACAUUUAUGCUGUAUGGGUUAAUUCAUCAACGUUAUCUUUUAACACAAGAAGGAUUAGAUGCAAUGGUAGAAAGAUAUAAAAGACAUGACUUUGGAACUUGUCCUCGAUAUUAUUGUUAUCAAACACCUGUUUUACCUAUAGGCAGAUAUACAGAAGCUAAUAAAGAAAGUCUAUGUCUUUAUUGUCCAAGAUGUCUAGACAUAUAUAAGCCACCCAAUCCUAUUUAUCAAUGUGUAGAUGGUGCUCAUUUUGUUUGUUUGAAUGAAUGA